CUCAUCUAUCGUCCUUCUCUGAACCCAUCCAACCCCGCGCCUAAAUUAUGGGUUGCUCCUGGCUCUCUAGGGUCUUUGUGAGCACAUGAUCGCGUGCAUGAGAGAAUGGCCAUUGGAUGAGCUCAUCCGACAUCCCCAAAGGAACCCUGGAUGCUGCGAGACACAGACGGACGCGACGAGAACCACCGCCAUUCUUCCAAAAUCCAGGAGCGGCAACGCAACGAAUUAGGUCAUUCACGCAUAGAUAAGUACAAGCACACACGCGCGCGCGCACACACACACACACACAUCGUGCAUCACUUCACACACACACACACAUCGUGCAUCACUUCACAGCUUGCUCUCAGGGCGCAGCAUUUUUGAGGAGCACAAAGGAGACCAGAGAACAAUACAAAACCAGCAGAACGAAACCAGGACUGUCCUUUUCCACAAAUGCACAGAAUGUAUAAGGUUUAUAAGCAGGGGAACUAGAGCAAGAACAAUGCAGAGUGUGUUUUGUUUAAAAGAGCAUUGAUCUACAUCUCCACUGCGCAGUGACCUGACCCUUCCUGAGUUUGAUAAAAGUCAUUGUUUUUUAUCUUGUAAAGGCAUGCAUUUGUGGAAUCCCAGUGGACAAGGAAUGAAUUCAUAGUCACUAUAUCCUGAUUCGGUGGAGAGAAUUGGACAGCGUUGGGAUGCAGGAACAUGAGGGUACGCAGCAGGGCACCAGCAGUGCCCAGGUGGGGGUACUUCCAGUGGGGCGGGGCAGCAGUACGGGUGGGGUCCCGGUUGAGGACAUGCAGGCGCUGUCAAUCACCCCUCUCUCCACCUCCGAUGUAGAACAGCAGUAUGAGCUGAUUGCUCCUCUGGGGAAGGGCACCUAUGGAAAAGUUGACCUGGUGGUGCACCGGACACAGGGCACGAAGCUCGCUCUGAAGUAUGUUAGUAAGAACAAGACAAAGUUGCGCAGUUUUCUGCGUGAAUACAGUCUGACUGCUGCGCUGGGCUGCAGCCCGUUCCUCAUCAAAGUUCUGAACAUUCUGUUUGAGACGGAGGACAGCUAUGUGUUUGGCCAGGAGUAUGCACCUGCGGGAGAUCUGUUUGACAUCAUCCCACCUCAGGCUGGUUUGCCAGAGGAAAUGGUCAAACGUUGCGUUCAGCAGCUGGGUUUAGCUUUGGACUUCAUGCACAGUAAAAGUCUCGUCCAUCGAGACGUGAAGCCAGAAAACGUUCUCCUUUUUGACCGUGAGUGUCGACGUGUCAAAUUGGCCGAUUUAGGUAUGACACGCCGGGCGGGCAGCAGAAUCAAACGGAUCAGCGGUACCAUCCCCUACACCGCGGCCGAGGUGUGCCAGGCCUUGGUAUCGGAGGGUAUCGUUGUGGCAACGACCCAGGACGUGUGGGCAUUUGGAGUUUUGCUGUUCUGCAUGCUUACGGGAAACUUCCCUUGGGAAGCCGCGUUGCCUAGCGAUGCAUUCUUUUCAGAAUUUCAGCGCUGGCAGCAGGGGGCUUGUCCGCCCGGCAUCGUACCGUCCCAGUGGCGGCGCUUUUCUGACAAUGCACUACGUAUGUUCGGCCGGCUGUUGGCGCUGGAGCCAGAGCGGCGCUGUGGCGUUAAAGAGGUGUUUUACUUCCUGAAAUAUGACCUACUUAAUCAUCAUCGCCAUAGAGCUUCCUGCCGGGCGUCGAGGGGAGCUUCAACGCGGUACUCCACCCACAGACAUGCGGAGCCCUCCCCUCCUUCGGGCACAUCCUGUCUACGCCCCACCCCCCUCAAACGUAGCAUCCUAUCUGAGCCACUUUCUUCUAGGGAGGAUACAUCCAAAAGUCCAUCUCCAAACCGUCAAGACAAGAGUAAAAUUAUGAUGACCACUCCCAUUGAAAUUUGCGUAUAAAGCCAAUACCGCGGGUCUCAAGUAUGGUUUUCAAUGGAUGACCUGAGGAUUUUCAAACAAAAAGGUAGCAAUUUCACUUCAAAAAAGCCCGUCCCAUGUUUACUAGAUGGCAAGAAUGACAACAGGCUCCGUAUUUGGGAGUCUAUUGCACAUAAACUGACAUAAAUGUGGGUCCUAAAAACUCUCUGAACUGUUAUCUGGUGACUCUGAAUAGGAAAUGCAAACAAUUUGUAGAUUUGUCACUUAAGCUCUAGCGAUUUAGCCAGAAGUUUCACAAGAAAAAAAAGAAGUUAAACAUUACCGCUUUACUUAAAAAAAAGAGUUCACCCAAAAACAAAAAUUGUGUCAUCGUGUCUUUUCCGUAAAAAAUUCUGAGACCUUCCAUAGCUCCAAAAAUGACAAACAAAAAGUAACUCAACUUGUAAGCUAUAUUUGAAGUCUUCUGAAGCCAUAUGAUAGUUUAGCGGGAGGAAAAGACACAAAUUUAAGUCGAUGAAAAUCGAAUUCAUGCUUACGUUCAUGUAAGGACGUGUUGUGCCAGUUUAAAUAUCAAUUAUGUCAAAUUGUUGGCAAUUUUUAGAGUUGAAUGAGGUUUUCGGUCUCAAAUGUAGGCCUUUUCCUUACACAAUGCUAUUAUAUGUCUUCAAAAGACUUGGAUUAUAUUAUAUUGUACUUUUUUUGUCAUUUAUGGGGCUUUUUUUUCAAUCAUAUGGGUCUAGAAUUACAUGAGGGUAAGAAAAGAUGGCAGCAUUUUCAUUUUUGUGUGAACUAACCCUUUUUUAAUGUGCUGCAGCUUCCAGGACUUCACUUUUAGUGCAUUGAAACCAAAAUGUUCCCUGAGGAAUGGAAGAUAUUUCCCACAUCAUCUUUUCUUUGUGGAGGCUAAUCAUCACGUGACUUUCAAUCCAGUACAUGCACCAGUAGAAGACAUAUUUAAACUGGAUUUUUCUUUUUCUGUUUUGUUUUAAGAGACAACAGUUUAUAACAGAACUCAAUGCCACGUUGACUUGGAGACAUCACUGCCUACUUGUUGAACAUCUGAAAGACACAGAUACUCAGAAAGACAUUCUUCUAAGCUUCCUUUGCUGUACGUAUAGAAUUGUGUUUAGGAAUAAUGGCAGUCUCCGUAGAUUACAGGGAUUUUAUUAUGUGUUUGUAAUUGCGGUGUGUAUUUAAGCACUAACUUUCUACAAGAUCUUUCAAGAAAUGCAUCAGGAGCAUUCAUUUUCGUGGGAGGGUUUUAGAAUAGCUCAACUGAGACACGUUUUCUGUGUUUUCAUAUAAUGGGUCAAUUAGGUAAGGAAAGCCUCAAAGGACUGCUCAAAAACACAAGAACAUCUGCUCUCUAGAACAUUGUGACUGUGUUUUGUCAGGUAUAGUGCUAAUUUGUAGCUUAUUUUAUAUCAGAGAACAAACAAUUAAUUAACUAACUUGAACAGAGAUUAUUAUAGAUUUAAAGGAUCCGUAAUGGUUCACCAAAAUUUGUCAUCAUGAGGGUGAGUAAAUAAUGACAGCAUUUUCAUUUUGGGAUAAACAAUUUCUUUAUUUAAGUGUAUGUUUACAUAGAAUGUAAUAUAUUGAUUUAGGUGGUAGAGAACUGUUACAGUCUUUAGGAUACUUCUGUUGCAAAUGAGCACAAGUAUUUUCUCAUCAACAAUAAAGUCAGAGGACAGAUUACAAGACAUACUACACACAAUGUAAACACAUUGAAGGGAUGCUCUGUUAUGACAAAAUAAUCUUAAUAGUUUAUUAGUGAUGGAUUUUGUUAUUUUAUAAAAGACUGUUUUGGACAAAGAAUAUGGUUAUAUUACAAAGUGUUCAAAGGACAUUGGAAUAUCCACUUAAAGGAACAAUAGUUGGUGUUUAUUAAUGAUUAUAUAUGUAAGCUGCUGUAAGAAUUUUGUUGUAGAUUGUUCUGACUGUUAAACGGCUAAUUAAACAGCUUAAAUGC